UUACAACCAGUGGACUGGAACAGUAUCACAAGUAAGAAAUGGGAGCGCCGCGAAGAAAGAAAGAAAACUGUUUUUAGCUUUAUUGGCAAACUUGGCUCAACUAUUUUAACGUGAAUCGGGAACUUGUAAAUAGAUGAAUAGACGGUUUGCAGUUUUGUGUUUUAGACAACUUACAUCCCAAAAUGUUUUCCCUAAAGUGCAGUUUGAGCUUUUGUUUGUUAAUUCUCUAAACGCAGAAAGAAAACAAAAUAACCGAACAUAGCAUAAAAGUAAACAUGACAUCCUUUAGACAGAAAAAAUAACUUUAGAGUAUGCACCAGGGUAAAUUCAGGCAUAUUGCUUUGGUGUACUGUGAAUAAUUUUGAAACAAUCAUGGUUUUAUUUUUGCCUAGGUGGUCAAAGGAAGGCUACACUUGUGUCUGAUAUAGAUUUGUCGUGUCCCUGCAACUUAAAGGAGAACUCCUGCGAUACAGGUUGUUGUUGUGAUCAGGUAUGAGUGCUUCACACUGUCUUCUAGAAUGACAAAUAACUACAGGUAGAAACAAAAGGGAAAGGCAACCAUAGGAGCACUGCUAAAGGGUGACUGGGGGCGCUUAAUAGAGGUGGCAGUUCUAAUACCUUAAAUGCAGUGUUUUUAUGGGCGGAAAAUCAAGCUUGCCCAAUGGGAAAGGUCCAGGCAAGUCAUGAACAAAGACGAGCAAGAGGUGAUCCCAGGCAAGCCAAAUGUGAGAGCGGCUUGCCCAAAGGACAAGCUGGACUUUAAUUUAUUUUUGAGCCUUGCUAGGUGGUUCAUGUUCAGGUUCCACUGUACUUUCUUUAUUUCACCUGUCUUUUCUUUGUUUGCUAUGGCACCGUACCUGAUCAUUGUCCAGUUAAUAAAUUGUUUAUCAAUUCGAAAUGUCGCAUGCUUAUUGCUUUUUACGUCGUGGCCAGAGGGCUUUGUUAUAUAACUUCAAAUAGCAUUUUCUACUUAUUUAAGUGAUUGCUUGAAUGUCUAUUCUCUCUUAAGGAUUGUAGUGACUUUGAAAACGAGACGGCCAAUUGCAUCCCAGGAUUCUUUGGUGGUGCUACCUCAGAGAGACCUUUCGAAUUUAGUUGCCAAGCCUCCUGGCCUGACGCAAGGGACUGGCAACCAUUCCUCUGUGUUGCCAUUAACAACAGUCCAUUUACUGGCUAUUUUUACAAUCUCACCAGUCCUUCUCUAGCUCAGGACCCGGCAUCGUUUAACGCGCUUGCGAGGAAUAAGAAAAGGGAAAGUUUUACGUUUGUGGAGAGCGAAGAACGUCGAACCACAAUCUCGAGUGGGUUGUACACAAUGGGAACAAGUGUGAAAACAGCUGCUAACGCUGAAGAUGUAAACUAUGUUAGAGCCACAGUGGGUGUGUUGAGUCUACCGCAGACUGUAUUCAAUGGUUUGUGCUCCCAGGACGUACCCGUUAGAUUUCUGGAACAAGUUUCCUCUCGCUGUGUUCUUGAGUUGGAAGAGUCUCUUUGUAACUCGCAGUCGCCGUGGAGUGCUUUGAAUUAUUUGAUGCCCAUUCAACUCAAUCGCCCCACGUGCGUACGACCACCCUCUGUUCUGGCACAAGGACGGCUCAACGAAACAGGAGGGCCUCCUGAGCUUGCCACAACAGACGUACGAUAUUAUUGUACGGAUAUCGCGGCUUUUGUUUCCGCGGCAGCUAAGGAAUCGGAAAACUCGCUUACUAAUAAUUCUUCUUCGUUAUUUGAGAGCAGCGCGCAGGAAAGAGCAGAUCCCACGAGGUGUGCGUUUGAUGAUGGAGAAACUCUACCACCAGCACCAGUCUUUAACAAAACAACGAGGUUAUGCUCAAAUGUAGUGGUCAAAGUUGAAUACGAGUUUGAAUGGCGUGACAGGAGAAUUGACGCGGUGAAAGCAAGAGUCACGCUUGGAAACGUUCAAAUUCCUGCAGUUAAAACAAAUACCGGUCUUGUCACUUCUACCGAUGCUAUCAACACCCUAAGCCAGAGGUUUUCAGUAAAUUUCACCCAUUCACCGCUACUUAAUUCUUCAAACGUCCGCGAGGCUCCUUUUCAGCGGUCGGGGAAUCCAGGCUACCUGCUCGGUCGACCGGUGUUGAGUCGCCUGGAAAACAGUUCGGGACAAGUG